AUGGCGAAUAGAGGUCAGCCUACUUUUAACACGAACUCUCAGAGAACUCAUCACAACCCUAAUAUGUUCAUCCAACCUCAACAGGCCCAAGCGAGAGACAAGCUGCAGCAGAACAAUUUUGACGAGAAACGACAUAAAAAAGUCGUAUCACAUAGGAGGAAACCAAUGGAGAACGAAAAGGACAAACAAAAAGCUGAAUACGAAACCUCAAGGAAUGAAUUAAAAAGUCUUUUGGCUCAAUUUGGUUCAAAAGCAAAAGCUGCAGAUGACUUAGAUAAAGACGUAUCUAAACUUCAUUCGAAUAUAGAAAAUUUAUUAGAAAAAGUUCAAGGCAAAGCUAAUAAGCUACCUCAGUCACCAUCUACAGUAAUAGAACAGCGACACACUAAUAAAUUUUUAAAAAUAUGGAAAGAUUUUAUAUCUUAUGUUUUCUUUCCAUUUAAAUUACUAUUGAGUGUAAUAAGACGAUUAUAUUGUGGGAUAAAUUGUACAAUAAUUCUAAUGAUUAUACUAUUAAUAGAAUGUUUUGUUAUUUUUCUAAUUUGGACAAUUAAGAGAUCUCAUCAUGCAUAUUUAUACGUUGAACCGUAUGAACCAAUUGUGCAUGGUACUUAUGAUAUUGAUCAAACUGAAUCCUGGAAAUUAUUAAGGACAAUAACAGAUUUAAUCCUUAAUUUUUUUUCUGAAAUUUUAAAUGGAGGUCGUGGAUUUGGAAGUCCAAAUUACGAUGGAUCAGUCCCGAUAUGA